AAAAAAUUUUGACAGAGUACUAUCAUAUUCAUGUAGGAGUAGGACUAGAAGUAGAAAAGACCAUAUCCAUUUCCGCCAUGGAAGCAGCAGCACUAACCUGCAAACUGCAAAAUAGUUUAAAGCCUUCAAUCUCCUCCGCCAUGGCAGUCUCGUUUCUCUCUCCUCUUCAUCUCUCAGUCACUUCCACUACUCUUUUCUCUCAACGCCGCUUCAUUUCCUAUACUCUCCGCACCCAACCAUCUCCGCCACCAGCGUCUACAUCUCUAACACAACCACCACCUACUUCUCUUGUCUUAAACCCUAAUAACAUCCCCAAUUCUUCAUCUCCAGAUUCUUCUCCUCCUAUAUCUUGCGCUCUUCAAUGCCCCCAUUUUCAAUCUUGCUCGGGUUGUACGCACGAAUAUGACCUUCACCGUCCAGGCAUUGUUGAUGAGGCUGCUGACUUCUUUGGCAAUCUUGGUGUCUCCGAUUUUACAUUUGAUAGUUGCAGAUUGUAUGGAUGGAGAUGUCGAGCAAAGCUUGCUGUUCGUGGUUCAUCUGUGAAUCCUCUAAUCGGUCUCUAUGAGGAGGGUACUCACAAUGUUGUGGACAUUCCACAAUGCAAAGCUCAUCAUCCAAGUAUUAAUGCCGCUGUUGAGCUUCUUAGAAGAGGUAUUACUGAAUUAGAAGUGGAGCCAUAUGAUGAAGACUUGGGGACGGGUGAACUACGAUAUGUGCAAAUGGCUGUGACAACACAUAACACUUCACUUCCAUUUUCUGAAAGAUAUAAAAAGGGGAAAGUACAGGUGAGCUUAGUUUGGAAUUCAAGAAAUGAGACUUCUCCAAGCUUUGAGAAACUCAAUUCUUUGGCAAAUUUUCUGUGGACAAAUGGUGGCCAAAGGUGCAAAAUUCAUCUAAUUCACUCUGUUUGGGCCAACUUUCAAACAUCAAAGAACAAUAUAAUUUUUGGCAAUAGAUGGAGACAUCUUAUCGGUGAUAGAGACUUUUGGGAGCAAGUUGGAGGAAUUGAUAUUUAUUUGACUCCUUCCAGCUUUGGACAAGCUAAUACACGAGCCUUUGAUUCAUUACUCCGCAGGCUACAUAAGUAUGUUCCAUAUGGAUCAUCAGUAGCUGAUCUAUACGGAGGAGCUGGUGUUAUUGGAUUAUCAUUAGUUGUCUCAAGAAAAUGUCGGAGUGUUAAAUGUGUUGAGAUUAACAAGGAAUCAAAGUAUUGCUUUGAAAAGACAAUCGGCCGAUUACCAAAUAAUGUUGACAGCAGCAUGAGCUGGAACCAUGCAGAUGCUUCUCUGGAACCUCUUUCUUGGCUGAUAGGAUUUGAUGUAGUUGUGGUUGACCCUCCCAGAAAAGGGCUGGAUAAGUCACUGCUUAGCGCAUUGCAAACAAUAUCAUCAGUAAAGCGUAAGGCAAUCACUUCUUCCAGCUCUCCCUCAAAUGUGAAAGAUGAAAAGAGACCAUGGAUCUUGCGAGAAAAGGAAUCUUCUAUCAGCAUUCAAAGCACAACAAAUGAAUUAGAAAGUGAUGUGCUUCCCCAAACACUAAUAUAUAUAAGCUGUGGAUGGGAUAGCUUCAAAAGGGACUGCAAACAGUUGUUAUCAAACAAGGCCUGGCAUUUGGAUAAUGCUCAUGGCUUCAACUUCUUUCCUGGAACACAGAGUAUUGAGGUUUUGGCCAUAUUCAGAAGGGGUUGUGGGUCGAGUCUAAAGAAGAAGGGAUCCAAAAAGAAGCCUAAGAAGUCAAAAAGAGGAUGAAUAUGGCAUUGCAUCUGCAUUAGGCUUUGGUUCUUUCUUCAAAGUUACACACUUUGCAUCUACAAGUGGCUUGAGAUCGAAAGCAUCCAGGACAUCAAAGAUUAAAGAAUAUACGGUCCUAUUAAGUACCUACAUGUUUCAUGUAUGGCGCAGGCAUCUACGUUUUGCGACAGUAAUGGAGUAGAGCCAGAAAGAGGAGGAAAGCCAUACAUGAAAUGUGACGGAUGAGCUGCUGCCGCUCUUUCUGUAGUAGGAGUAGAUGUUUUUGCUUUACAAGUGGUGAAUAUGUAAUGUUCCGGCGAGUUUACACAAACUUUCUCAUGACUAAUCCUUUAGAUGUACAAACUUGAACAUAUCAUAUUAGCAAAAAAUAUAAAAUAAAA